AUGGAAAGGGCGAACAUCGACGAUUCGAUAGCUGUCGACGGCCAGCCUUCAAACCAAUCGGUUUCUGAGACAUCACAAGCGAGAUUAGAAAAGGCUCGGAUUCUCAUUGACGGCAUAGCAAAACGAUUGCGUAACGAAGACCAAGAUGCACAAUUGAGCGGUUCAGAUGGUGGCAGAUCAAGUCAAGAGGGAAGCGAAUGCGGUGGAGCACGAAACAGUCUGGGACAACGUUUGCGAGAUUUGAUCCAAAUUUCCAUACCGGAGAUAGACCGAUAUAUAAAAACCAAACAAAGACCCCUAACAGGAGCAGAGGUGUACUGCAUUCCAAUUGAGGAAGUCGACGAUGUAUUGGAAAAGAGAUUAGCAAAGGUAUGGAGCGAGUUAGAUGCCAACCAAGAAAUAAUAGAAGACCAAUUGGACAGCGAAAUUGAUGCUAUGCAUGUAUACCAAGCAGAAAAUCUCAUCACAAAACCUUCGGAUAGCAAUGGAGCAGGAGUACAAUUGGUAAAAUACGACAAGAAAAUGCGAACAGAAACUGAAAAAGAAUGCAGAUUGAUCGAGCUGAUUGAAAUUGCCAACAGAAACUACGACAUUAACGAGGAAACUCGUUACAUCGUUCAACAAUGUGCAUCAACAUUACGAGGGAUAUACCAUCAGGCAGCGUUUGCGCUUUUUAUGAGGCAAAACAUGCCAUCCGGUCAAUUGCAAACACUUGUUGAUGCAUUUGAUGAAUUUGUCUACAACCACGUUAAACCUAUGAACAAAGUGGUUGCGAAGGUACGCUAG